AUGCUGCUGCCGCUCCUGCUCUUCGCCAGUUGGCCUAGCGGCACUGAAGGUGCAGCGCUGCGGACGAUUUUCAGAAACGAAGCGCAGUCGUCGGAGCCUGCUCAGGGCGAGGUCGUCGCCCAUCUCUACUCGGUUGUCGAUGACUACCUCCGCUACUACUCGGAGGAAACAGCUACCUACAAAGAGUCCAAAAAUGCCAUGACGGCAAUUAUCCGCGACGCUUUGACUGAAGAGUCGCGGCUUGGGUCCAUCAACGAGAAGGCUCGCUUGAAGAAACAGCACGACAAAACGGUGGCUGAGUAUGUGGCUGUGAUGAAGCAGCUGGACGAAGCCCUUCAGGCGAUGGAGGGCAAAGACUGGGCCGAAAAGCAUGGAGUCAAGGAAAAGCUCGAUGCCAUGUACAAGGAAGCUCCCUUGGCUCUGCUCAGCAAAGCUUCCAAGCCAGGCCAUCCGAUCGGACUCAAGCAGGGCCUGAAUCUGGCCGCAGACGCAGCCGCGCACCUCAGGAAGCUGCGCUCGACACUCCCUUGA